AUGCGGCGCAAACACAAUGCAACAUGCGACACCAAGGACGGCACUGCGUGUCAGGAAGAGCCCUCCCAGUGGGGCUUUGGCUUUUUGCAAGAGAAGUUUCAGGUGAUGCAGCGCUUUGAGCCUGCGAAAGAUGUCAGCCUCGCAGCUGUGUCAAGCUCUGCCGAGAACGCAGAUGGCAUUGAACCAGCAUCUUGGGAGCUCCUGGACAGAAGUCUAUUUGGGUCUCGUAUUGUCCACUUUCCUCUUUGGGUCUACGCAGGAUUUGUUGGGUUUUAUGUGCUCAUCUUCAUUCAUGAAGCGUUUGUGUCUAACGGCAUGACUCCCCUUUUCGUAUCGGGACCGGUGCACAAGUCCAUGGGUUGUCAGUACAUGAGUCUUUGGAACUCUGCCUCUGGCUUCAUCAACAUGUCAAUGCAGAUCCCCAUCUCCUUGGACUUUGCGCUGUCCCUCAAUCAAGGAGCCACUUCUUCGGGCUUCUUUCUCAGCUGCGGCGUGAUUACUGGAGUGUUGGCUAUGGGAGCUGGAAAGUUGCUGGUUGAUGAGAAUAAUUGGAACCAGUUCCGUGUGAGAAGGCUGAUGAUCAUCAUUCCGAUGAUCAACAUGAUAUUGGGUUUUAUUUGCGCAAUAUUCAUCAACGAGACGGCGAACAGCAAUCAAGUUUACUUGAUCUGGUGGAUCAUGCUGGGAUUUGUACAAAUCCAAGCCUUCGUUGGACCGCUCACCAUGAUCCCUGGAAUCAUUUUCUGGACGAAGAUCACAUCUGACGAGCAUCGUACCUACUGGAUGAUUCUCACACAAUGCGCUAGAAACGGCGGUCUUGUCGUUGGCCCGCUCUUCUUUGCUCUCCUGCGCACUUUCGUUACUGGUGAUGGAGACCGAGUUAACCCACGCAGUAUGAUGGGCUGGGUCAACUUGUUUAUGUUGUUCCUAUCCCUGAUUAGCGCCGCAACUGGCUGCUUCCUCAUGCCCACGACCAUUCCGGACUCCAUACCUAAAUCAGAGGGCAAGGACGACAUCGAUUUCCAUGCCACUGGUGAGGUCAAGCCGGAAGACCUGUGCGAUGCAGACCGCAAGGCGAUGGUGUGGAACAUGAUUUGGUACGCAUUUGAGCGGCCCCUUACUCUGGCGGCUGUUGAAGUGUCGACCCUGAUGAUGCUCGAGGUGUUUUACGGUUGGGAUCCAUAUUGGACUGGACUGAGCUUCACUGCAGUUUGCUCCCUUGGCAUUGUGAUGUCUGGUUUCACUACAGUGAUGCUGAACAAGGGCAUCUUCAAGGAGUCCUAUGUGUUCAUGAUUUCGGCAGCAUCCUCCAUUCUCGGAUGCCUUUUCCUCUUCGAAAUAGUUCCAACGCCCGGCUGGAUGUUGCUCCUGGCGGAUGGCAUCAUCUACACCGGUGCAACUGUGGCGAAUGGCUUUGCGGAGGGUUGGGCCAGCCGAGCUGCGAAGGAGGGUACCAGCUUCAGCAAUGCAGAAUAUCGUCUUCGGCAGCUGACUGCAGUCACUGCCAGCAGGUUCAUGGGGCCGAUCUGCGGACGCUUCCUCGUGGAUUACUGCGGACGCAACGCGUAUGCGUUCUGUCAGAUCCUCAUGUGCUGCCUUGGCACAAGGACAGUCUACAAAACCUGCAAGCUGAUUUGGCACCACCAGCGGGCUACAGAGCAGGGCCUCGUGAAAGGCAAAGAAGAGGCCAAGGGAAAUGCUGAGAAGCUGCUGCCAGAGAAGAACAUUGCUGGGGAGAAGACAUCCCCCACAACGCAGAUCAAUGAGGAUCGUCCUCUCCCGAAAGCGACGGGUGAAGAACAAGCGCCAGAGGAUCAAGAAGGUGGCAGCUAA